AUGUCAGUUGAUGUGACGUCAUGGUCCCUUCCAACGGGAAUACAGUUAGCCGAUCCAUCCUUUUAUGAUCCCGGCUCCAUCGAUGUAGUACUCGGAGCAGAAGUGUUUUUUGACCUAUUCAAGGCUUCAGGUCGAAUUUCACUCGGAGAUACUCUGCCUACGCUUGUUAAUUCGGUUUUCGGAUGGAUCGUGUCCGGAAAAGUAAGCGAAGGCGCUCCUCGAAGUGCGUUUGUUUGUAACGUUGCAAGUACGGCGGAUCUGCAUAACGAUAUGGAACGUUUUUGGGCAAUUGAAGACGAACCUACUACAGCGUACUCUCCAGAAGAGGCACUUUGUGGGAAAAUUUUCUCCGAAACCGUCACUCGAGACUCUGACGGUCGCUAUGUUGUACGAUUACCACUAAAAAGAAAUCUAUUGGACAAUUUGGGUGAUAAUAGGCGUUCCGCCCUACAUCGCUAUCGACUUAUCGAAAAUCGUCUAGGUCGCGAUCCCGGUUUAGCGACGGAGUAUAGAAAAUUCAUGGACGAGUAUUUUCAGCUUGGCCACAUGGAGAGAAUCGAUGAAAACAACGCCUCCUCUCAAGCCUUCUUCCUUCCUCAUCAUCCAGUGAUUCGAGCGGAGAGCAGUACGACGAAGGUUCGCGUCGUAUUUGAUGCCUCCUGUAAGAGCGCAACAGGCCGGUCUCUAAAUGACGUCAUGCUUGUAGGGCCCACCGUGCAACAGGAUUGGAGGUCCAUAAUCAUUCGGUCUCGUUUACACCCAAUAAUGCUCAUCGCCGACAUUACAAAGAUGUAUCGGCAGAUUCGGCUACACCCAGGAGACACACAUCUGCAAAGGACUCCGGACGAACCUAUUGGUGUAUACGAGCUCAAAACGGUUACCUACGGUACCGCUUCGGCACCAUUCUUAGCGACUCGAGUUGUUUCGCAGCUGGCAACGGAUGAAAAGUGCCACUAUCCUUUGGCAGCAGAGGUGGCGUGCAAAGACUUUUAUGUCGAUGACCUUUUCACUGGUGCAAAAACGGUCAACGAAGCAAUUGAGUUACGUAAACAAAUGGAAGCAAUGUUCAACUCGGCAGGCAUGAAGUUACGAAAAUGGGCAAGCAAUGUUCCAGCUUCUCUUCAAGACGUUCCAGAGGAAAACCGUGCGAUCAAGGAUCUAGUGGACUUCGAUAAGGAUCAGUCAAUAAAAACUUUGGGCUUACAUUGGGAGCCUCAAACUGAUCGGCUAAAGUAUGUCAUCCCGAACAUAACGAUCGACCGAGAAUCUGCAGUUACCAAACGGAACACACUCUCUUCUGUCGCCAAAUUGUUCGAUCCCUUGGGCCUAGUCGGUUGUGGGGUCUUAAGAACAGCAACGACACACGAUUGUGAUCAAGAGUUACCUGAAAACCUUUUCUCGGAUGCUUCCGAGACGGCAUAUGGCGUUUACGUCAAAUCAACGAAUUCGUCGGGACAAACGAAAACUGCGUUACUCACUUCGCGUUCCAAGGUUGCUCCUCCAAAGCAAAUAAGCAUCCCUCGCCUCGAGCUUCGCGGAGCUCGUUCGGCAGCCGAGUUAUAUGGCAAGGUAUCCGAUUCGCUUCGUAUUGAUGCUAGAAUUCACUUCUGGGUUUAUUCAACAACAGUACUGAGUUGGCUUCAGGCAAGACCGUUAACAUGGACUACGUUUGUAGCAAACAGAGUGGCUACAAUCCAACGCUUAACUCAAAAUUGUGAGUGGCAUUUCGUUCAUGGGGUAGAAAAUCCUGCAGACAUCAUAUCCAGAGGGCUUCCUGCAGACGAACUAGCUUCCUGUAAGGUCUGGUGGGAAGGACCCACAUGGCUUCGAAAAUCAUCGGAGUUCUGGCCCACUUCGCCGUUGGAGACACAAUCCAAUCCCGAAUGUUCGAGGGAAGUUCGAAAGACUGCUCAUAUAGCUACAUCACAACCAGAUUCUUCAUUUAUCGACGAGUAUAUCGCUCUUUUCUCCAGUUAUAGCCGCUUGGUGCGAACGACAGCGUAUUGGAGACGACUUUCCACCGUCUUACGAACUCCAAGAGCUGAACGUAAAAUGUUUGAACCACUUACGUUAAGUGAGCUGCAAGGUGCUGAAUUUGCUCUCAUUCGAUGUGUGCAGCAGGCCGCCUUUCCAGAGGAAUGGAAAACACUAUAUAAAAAUUGA